UGAAGGGUUAAACUGGGAGUUUGCAGCAGACUCUACUUUCUGUCCACGGCAUUUAGCGGAAAACAUCUGACUGCUGCUCGUUUUUCCGAAGCUGUGAUUUGUUUUUACUCAUUUUUCGCCGGAGCCGCGGAGGCAUCACGGGAACAAAAAUCCCUGUUUCUACAACAGGAAUUCAACAUCUUCCUGCGCACUUUCAAACAGACGCACUGUCCCACUUCACUUUUUCUGCUCCAGACACAUAAGAUUAAAAGCAUGUGUGGGUGUUAAGAGUCAUCUGUUGACCUCGCUGCCCCUGAACACGGAGUUGCCAUCUGCUUUACCCCUGACUGUCCACUUGUCCAGUGAGGCUCCACACCAUGUCUGCAGUGGUGGAGAACAGCAGUCCCGUCCCUGCCGAUCCCAGCAUUGCAUCCCCGUCUACAGCCUCGACCUCCAACACCCCUCCCGCCUCGCCUGCAACAACCACAUCCAAGGUCCCAUUCAAGAAAGAGAAGAAGAAAAUCGCAGAAAAGACAGAUGAGUACCUGCUGGGCAGGUUUCAAGGGGAUGGCGUAAGGUACAAGGCCAAGUUGAUUGGAAUUGAUGAUGUCCCAGAGGCCAGAGGAGACAAGAUGAGCCAGGACUCCAUGAUGAAACUUAAGGGUAUGGCAGUAGCUGCUCGGUCCCAAGGCAAACACAAACAGAGGAUCUGGGUCAACAUUUCCAUGUCGGGCAUCAAGAUCAUUGAUGAGAAAUCAGGAGUGAUUGAACAUGAGCAUGUGGUGAAUAAGAUCUCCUUCAUUGCCAGAGAUGUAACAGAUAACAGGGCGUUUGGAUAUGUGUGCGGUGCAGAAGGGCAGCAUCAGUUCUUCGCCAUAAAGACUGCACAACAGGCAGAGCCCCUGGUCAUUGAUCUGAAAGAUCUCUUCCAGGUCAUCUUCAACAUGAAGAAGAAAGAGGCAGAGGCCUCACAGAAGGGUGAGAAUGGUAGCAAUGUUGAGAAUGGAAGUGAUGCCUUGCCAAGUGUGGAUGGUGCAGCAAAAACUGCCCAACCAGUGGAGCAGCUUGACCUAUUUGGAGCCAUGUCGACCCCUCCAGACAUCCAGGCUCCAAAUGACUAUAAAGAUAUUCUCUUGCUGGACUUUUCUGCUGAAGUUGACAGCAAUCAGAAUUGCAUAAAGGGAAACUCCUUUGUAACUUCCCAUGCCCCUGACCAUAGAUCAUCUCCCCAGACAGUGAAUCCCUUUUCCUCGACAUUUGGCUACUUUCCAACCCCAGACACUGACCCUUUCAGAGAUGACCCCCUUUCUAAAUCAUCCUCUAGCUUGGAACCCGAUAAAUCACACAUCUCCCUCCCCACCACUAAUAACCAAAACAGCAAUGCUGGCAACACCAGUAAGACAAUUAUUAGCGGUUUGAAUGAAGACUCUGAACACCUCAGUCAGCAGAUAAAUGGAUUAUCCAGUAAGACAAUGAUCCUCGCUCUCAGUAAUGGACAGUGGCCACUAGGGGGCAAAAUAAGUCAGGGCAACACAAUAACCAUGAUGGACGCGAAUGAAUCUGGACCAGUUCUCUCAACCAAAAACCCAUUUAUUGACCCCUCUUUGAAACCCACCCCUGUCUCUAAUGGCAUAAUUCAACACCCACAACCCCCAGUGACUCAUAGCAAGGAUUCAGUAGUCAUAAACCCGCCUCCACAGAGCUCUAAGGCUGGACGAGGUCGAAGAAGUGCAAAGUCCACAGCAAGUGAUCUGUUUGGAGCAGACCUGUUUGCUGAUCCUGGUCAUUCUGAAGGGUUAUCUGCUUCAAGUGACCUUUUCAACAGUAUACCUGCCAACUCCACUCCCUCCUCAUUAGCUGCUCUGGGGAAUCUUCAGUUAGGUUUUCCAGCUACCACAAGUAUCCCUGCUGCAGGCAUGUGGGGAGCCUCCACCUCUGCACCCUCCAUGUUCCCCAUGCCAGGAGUGACAGCUCCAGGCCCUGGACCAACCUUCCCACAGCCAUCUCCCUUUGGUGGGCUACCUGUAUCACCCGCAGUCUGGGGCCAGCAGGUGCCAUCUCAAUUUGGUGCCCCACCUUUAUCCCCACCCCAUGCCUGGGGCCAGCCUCCCCCAGCGGUGCCUCUUGGUGCUCCAGCUUGGGGGCAGCCCGCCAUGACCAAUCCUUUCCAGCCCAGCCCGUUCCAUGCAAUGGGUGACCCACAAGGUCCGUCACGCCCUCCUCCUAGGCCACCUGUUAAGGAGGCCCCUCCAAAGGUAGAGAACAGUGCGUUUACAGCUUUGGACCCCCUUGGAGAUAAAGAGAAGAAGACUGGAAAGGACAUGUUCAAGGACUUCCAGCUUGCCAAACCCCCUGCCAUCCCAGCGAGGAAAGGGGAGCUCGGGUCCAACUCUGCUCCAGCCCCAAGCAGCAACGAAGCCAGCUCUUUUGAUAAGUACUUUUCCAGUAAAGUGGGCCUGGCUCAGGAUACUGCAGAUCAUGAUGACUUUGAUAUCAAUCAGAUGUCAACAGUUGUUAACGAUUUUCCUAAACCAGCUCCUGCCCCAGCUGCAGCCCCAGCUCAAAGCUUUAACCCUGGCCUCCUCGAUGCCACCCUCUCUUCUGCUCCCAUACCAAACAAUCAGGACAUGUUCGAUAAAGCAUUUGGGGCCCCAAAUUCCAGUCCAUUUGGAGCGCCACCUGUAGUUAUGCAGACUGCUACUGUUGGUCAGACAACUGCUUUUGGGGAUCCUUUUGGAAAUCCCUUUGCUUGACGAUUACUUUGUCCAUAACUGGAAUGGAGUGAAUGGAGCAAAAAUCAUCUUUGGGACAAGAUGCUACAACAUGCGAAAGACAAUCCAAAUGAUGAACUCUUGUCCGUGACCCGCCCCUUUUUUUUUUUUGUACACCUCUGCCUCUGGUGUUUUUUCCUGUCCAAUCAGUAGUUCCUUUAUUAUUAAAGACCACUGAUCUACUAAGUAAAUGUUAUGUCAUGAUCUGCUGAAGAAAGAAUGUGGUGUGUGAGAAAAGGCAUGUCCAAAGAGGUUCACUUGUGAUAUUGUCUGUGUUAAACAAAUAAAAAAAUUCAAUCAUAACAACAAAA